ACCCCUCUUCUUUUUUCUUUUUUCUCUCCAUUACUCUGUCUGUGUCGUUCGGUGAGGAUGGGUGCGGUCUUUAGGAGGUUCUGUGCUCGAUUCUGCUGUUGCUGCUGCGUCAGUGAUGAGGAUGAAGAUGAAAAGAGGCCGAUUUUCAGUAAUGAGACAUUGGAGUAUUUUGAUCGUGAGGCAAAAAAGAGACGAGAUCAGGAGACGAAUCUUUGGAGUGAACCCGGAGAUCCGUCUCACUCAGAGAGAGAUGAUGACCGAGCGCUUUAUAAUCUCCUGCAGAACCGAGCUAAAACACGCAGGGGUUCACAGGGGUACAGGAGGAUGAGUGUGGACAUCGAAGUCAUGAGAGAGGUGAGAAGGGAAGUGAGAGAUAAGUGGAAGAUGAUCCUGGAAAAUCUGGGCUUUAUGCAGGAGGCGGAGUCUCUGCUGACGGUUAACGCGAACGCAUCAUAUGACCGUAUGAAGAAUGCAGCAACAGCUCGGAGCCUGUUACAGACACUUCACUCAGAGACGUCCAUUUUUAACAGCAAUGAGCCUCCACCUGAGAGAUACCUGUUCAUCUUGGACCGGUUGAUUUAUCUGGAUGCUGCAGAUGACUUUGUGGCUAAAGCUCGUCGUUUUUAUCCCCCCAGGGAUGAAGAUGAAGAAGAGGAUAAAACCAUAAAUCUGCCCCUGCUGCUGUCACGUGUUAAUCAGCGUCUGAAUGCAGGAGAUGCUGAUGGUGACGGUGAUGAUGAAGGAGAUAUGAGUGGACAGGAUGAUUAGCUGUAAUGACUGUUUGAGAGGUGCUCGUGCACACGGAGCUUCAUUUCAGAGUUUGGUUGGAGUUUUAAAGACUCUGGAUCUUAGUGUGAACAGG